UUAAACUUUUGCCAUCGGAAGUUGUUACCCGCAAUGCAGACCACCCUGUUGAUGUGUCUCAUCUUUCUGUUUUGCACUUUUCUGUACAUUUCCACAUGCAUUUCCACAUCCAUUCUCACCCCCUGUCCAUUGGAGAAGAGUUGCAAUCAAUCGGUGGUGGAGUCAAGUGCCAUUUGUGGCUUGGAUGAGGACGCGGGUUGCAUACGAAAGUACGCCUCAACGUGCCUCAUGGAUAUUGCAGCAUGUCAGAAGGGAAAAGCUUUCACGGAUUAUAGCAAUGUCUAUUGCUCCAUGGAAUCCUAUCUGUGCGAACAGACACCCACAUACGAAAGAUGGACCAUUUUCUUUGGUUUUGAAAAAGAAUAAACAAUAGAUUGUUGCUGAAGUGUGCGAAGAAUCUAUGAAAAUAA